CCCAGGGCGCAUAGUCUCGCAGACUUCGGGACCGCAACAUUGAAAAGUGUUCUGCAGCGGGUGUCUAUAGCCUGUCGUUGAUGUGUGCACAUCACAAGUGUUUGCUAUUUAAGGGAUUUGGGGAAAACCUUUCGACUUGCCUGCAAGACACGUCGACAGAGUGGAAGACAUUUGAGUGUUUCUGAACGCAUUUUGGGGGAUUUUGGUUCAUUUGUUCAGGCGUCCGUGUGCUAACGAGGCAGCUGUUUGGCUAACCGACAUAGCAGAUGUGUGUUCAGGAGCAUGUCUGCGCGUGCGCGAGAGAUCCAGCUGACCGGGGAGCUCAGACUGACGUGGCGAGCGGGACCGGACGCGUGAGAUUACACUCUUGUAGUCAUGGAAACACUUCCCAGGUCUCCGGGGCUCAGAAUUUGACACCAAAGGGCUCCAGCACAAUGCUAUCCUUCCUCCACCUCAUCUUCUUCCUGUUCUGCUCCCCUGCCUCCGUCCUCUCCAUCCCUGGCUGCCCAGAGGAGUGCGCCUGUCCUAGCCAAGGCUCUGUUUUCUGUAUCCAGCGCCGGUCCAGUUUUAUCCCCCGUGACCUCCCUACAUCUGUCAAAGAACUCUACGUCUUUCAGAAUGGCAUUGAUACCUUAGCCGAGGAUGACUUCACAGACUUGGGAGAACUGAAGAUGCUGGAUUUGUCACAAAACAAACUCACCGAGGUCCCUGAUGGAGUCUUCGGACCUCUAGCUUCUCUUCAGAAUCUAGAUUUGUCCUCUAACUCCAUUACCCACAUCUCCAAGGAUUGCUUCUCUGGAUUGGUGCAUCUCGAACGGCUGUAUCUCCAUAGUAACCGCAUUGAGAGCAUCCAAACUGAGGCUUUCGAGGGUCUAGAGGGCCUUCUAGAACUAAAGCUCCAGGGAAACCAGCUGACCAGUCUACCGACGCUCCGUCUGCCCGCACUUCUCCUUCUUGAUCUCAGCUUCAACUCCCUUCCCGACUUGGGUCCCCAAGACCUCCAGACGCCCCACCUCGAGUCGCUCAAAGUGGCCUCUUUGGGGCUCACCACCUUGGACCCGGACCUGAUGGCCUCCAUGGGUAACCUACACGACCUGGAUGUGUCUCAGAACAAGCUGGAAGGAAUGCCUGAGGCCCUGAAGGUCACCCGGGGACUCAUCCGACUCAGCCUGGCCACCAACCCCAUAGGGGAGCUCAGAACCGAGGACUUCCAGACGAUGGUGGGUCUCCAAGAUUUGGACCUCAGUGGGUUAAAACUCCAGGGCUUACCCCACGGUUUCUUCCAGCUCUUCCCCAAGCUGGCCCAACUCACGGUGGCCGAGAACCCCUUUAACUGCCUCUGUCCUCUGGCCUGGUUCCCUGUCUGGCUGAAGGAGAAUAGUGUGGAUCUGGGACGCCCUGAAGAAACCCGCUGUCACUUUCCCCCGUUGAACGCUGGCAAGGUGCUGGCGCAGUUAGAGCAUCAGGACUUCGGGUGUUCGCCGACGACCACAGUCGCGCCGAGUGUCUUAAGGGACGAAAGCAGCCCCCCCCCUCCCUUGCAGACUACAUCUCCAAGCACCACCCACACGAACGACAUCCCCCCGCCGCCACCCUUCCCUAGCGACGGACCAUCUUUAGCCGGGACGGCCAGUGAGAGCCGCCCCCCUGCCCCACCUCCAGCUUCACCGACCUCCGCUUCGAGGGACCACAUCUGCCCCGCGAACAUCUGCCUCAACGGAGGUACCUGCCGCUUCGACCCCCUGGGCCAGCUCGGAUGUCUUUGUCUCAGGGGAACCACAGGCCUCUACUGUGAGAACCUGUCCAACCACAAGCCCCCUCCUCGCCAACCGACCUCCCCUGAGGAGUCGGCCUCCGUGGUCGACGGCGUUUUGAUCUCUGCCCCGGAUAUCAGUUCCCGUCUGGUGACCUCCACGUCCAUCCUUGUCGACCUCCACAGUUUCAUGAAGACGCGGCCGCACAUCCGCGGGAUCAAACUGACCUACUGCAACCUCUCGGGGCCCGACCAACGUCCCAUGUACCUCAACGUCCCCGCCUCCUACCCUGAGUACACCCUCCGAGGGCUACGGCCCAACUCCACAUAUUCCGUGUGCGCCAGCCCCCUGGAGGAGAGGGUGAACGGGGGCAGUGGUGGAGGUAGCGCUGCCGAGGGUGGGUCAUGUAUGGAGGCCCGCACAGAGGGCAGUCCCCAGGCCUCGUCCUUGGGGCCCCAGGUGGAUGACCAAAGCCAGCUGUCCCACACUCUCAUCCCAGCCUUGGCUGCCCUCGCCCUGGUCAUGGGCGUGGCUGUGGUGGCUGGGCUGGUGCUCUACCUCAGAAGGAGACGGGCUAAAGCCGCCCACGUGGAGCUGGAGGGGGGCGAACCCGGGCCGAUGGAACUGGAGGGUGUAAAGGUUAGUCUUGAGAACGGUGUUGGGGGUACCAAGGGGGCGGCUAUCACCCCCUGUCACACCUCCACACCAAACCAACCACAAAAUGGUGGAAUGUCACAUCCACAGAACAGUGCCUUUGAAUACGAGGUUCCCCUCAUGCAGGGGCAGGGACAUGUUUCAUCCAAUAACAACGUGGCAACCUUGAGUCCAUCGUAUUUCUAGAAACUCUUUAAUGGAUUUCUACAUAUUUCUCAAUGAGACUAAAUGCACUCAGUGACAUUCAGAGCUGUGGAACGUAAGGUCCCCACAGAGGAUAACAGAAUGCUCAGUUAUCCAUGCCAGUGGGUGCGGAGACAUUAUCUCUUUAGGCCAGCGAAAGGUUUUAGGUCAUCCAGCAGAGUUUAAAGUAAUAGAAAAACUCGACAAGUAUUUAAGCAAAGUGCAAUCGCCAUGACAACCAGAAGUCUCAUCUUAUAACGACGGACUGACGACGGAAGUGCCUUCUCGCAUUGACAUGACUGUGCUGUAAAAGUGCUUUCUACAUCUGUAACAUUGACAUUGUUUCGAAGAGCUGCAAUCGCAUUGCUGGACUGACAGACGGGAGUGAGGGAGGGGGCGGACGUAGGGGGCGGACCUCCACAGACUCACUAAUUCAGCACUUCCUGGAAAGCGAGUGAUGUGUCGGAUUCGGUCCACUUCUGAUCCGUGGCCCAAGUCUUGAAGGUGUGUUUCACACCGGAACCCCCGCCCCGCCCCGCCCCCAGGACAAUUUGCACUGAUGAAAAGCAGAAGUACUAGAACAGGUCUGGCUCUGGAAAGACGGUUCUACGAGAAAAGUAUAGUUUAAGACAUUAUCCACUUGCUGUGAAAAAUCCUUGGGACUAAGAAACGAGAACUGACAAGAAGAGCGGACUGCCUGCAGACUGCCUGCAACCUACGUCCCUAUAUGCAGUGCCUGACUUGUAACCUGGGUUCAAAGGGCGCAGGUCACAAUUCGUAUACUGUGUAGGGAUCAGGGUGCUGGUCAGGACGUGGGCUCCUGUCCUGUGUGUUGUGGUCAGCAGUUGUAAUGGACACUCAGUGAAGGUUGUAUAUCGGGCAAGUUUUAUGUGUUUUUGUAAUGUGUUUUUUGUAAAAAGAAAAAAAUGUACUAUGGACUUUGCUGUUGCUCUGAAGCUGUUUCUUUGGUGUUGUUUCUGUCUAAUGUGUUGAUGUUGAAUAGGAUUGAUGCAAUAUAGGGACAGUUUUGUGGCAGUUUAGUAAAAAGCUGAACAAGCCUCAUUUGCUUUCAAAUAUGAUUUUUCUUUUUAUUGACUGAAUUGAGAUUAAAUGGACCCGAAUUUUGCUCAAAACAUAAAAUGUUUAUCAUAUAAAAAUGCCUGAACUGUUAACCAAGUGAACACAAGCUUGUAGCCUACUUAUGAUAUGUCACGAUAUGAUAUCAGCCGUGGCAGGAGUGGCCCAGACUUAACUCUCAACUCGCACUGCCAUUUGUCCAAAAGCAAGAAUCAGCAGUUGAAACAACAGGAAGGCUCGCUCCCCAUCCUUUAAAAUGCUGAGAGAUGGGGCUGGAGAAAUGUAACCACUCUGAAAUGCAUCGAUAGAGCUAUGUACGCAAGGAAUAACCACCCAUGACAUCAACAUUAAAGUUUCAACCAUGUUUAGAAGUUUAACAGUGCUGGUUUACAUUUGUUUACAAAAAAAAUUGUAAAACAUGCUGGCAUUUCUAGUUCCAAUUAGGUACAACAGUUAAACUAAACCAACAAAAGUAACUUUUUUUAAGAAUCAGUUGAUAAAUAUCAUGAAUUUACAGGUCAGGAAAAAUUCCAGAUUGCCCCUUUCGCUGUAUAAAAACAAUCUGCCAAACUACAAUAGCUAAAGCUACAUAAGGACAUGGUUAGCUCCAAAAACCCCAGGCUGCGUCAUAAAGGGCACCCUAUUCCUUACAAGUGCCCUAGUAACAGUACAGACCAUGGUCAAACAGAGUGUGCCAUUUAGAAGGGACACCCAGGCUUUUUUUGAAUGCUCAAAAAAGGUUGUUUAAGCUCGGUCACUGCGAACACUGAGCUAUUAAAGUGGCACACACAUGCCGAGAAAAGCUAGGGGGUUCAAAGACUUUGAGAGCAAUUUACUAUAUGUGUCACAGAAGGGGAAACCAGCAAUUUCCUUGACUUUCUAGUUACCGUGGCGCUCAUAUCUUUAGUAGCUUUUUAUUGUUUUGGUCCCUCACUUUCUAUUUUUUUCCUCCCUCUGUUUUAUUCUCCUUCAUUGUCUCUCUUGCCCUGUAUUUUUCAGAUUGUGUCUGUUGCUCACUCUCUCUGCCUCUCUCUGCCUCCCUCAUUUCACUCUUAUUGACCUUCUCCCUCUGUCUUGGUCAGAAAGGUUGUUGGCUGUGUUUUUGGGACUGUUUUAAUUGCCUGAAGCCAACGAUAAUAUGAAAAAUUCAGAAAGCAUUUCUCACUGUUAGGAUAUAUUUACUCUUGUUUCCUUUCUGGUACACUAAGAGGUUGCAUUGUGUCAUAAUUUAUAAAAAAAAAAUCUGUUUUAUAUUUUUGUCUCAUUCUUCUUUUGUUAUUUUAAUUUCCUGACCCCUGUCUGUUGCUGUUUCUCUCCCCCCCUCUUCUCUCACCCUCUCUCAACUCUCACUCCUCUUUCUUACUCUCUCUCUCAUACACUUUAUUUUUUCUGUUACAGUUAGGCUUAAGGAUGAAGUGCCUUUUUCUGUGAAACUCCAAAAUCAAAAGUAUUGGUUGGUUUAACACCUUUUGAUUUAUGUGCCUAAAAGAAAUUUGAUUCACUAUUUUAAUCCUUGGUUAAUGUAGGUGACAGUGCCACCAUACCCACUACACUUCUUUAUUGUAUUCUAGUGUCUGUAUUCUCACACUUUCAAUCGUCCAACAGCAACCAAGAACCAUGUGCUCAUAAAUCCACUAAAUUUAAAAGCUUAACUGGAAAAAGUCUUAUAAAGCAUGAAAAACAAGAAACGUUUGAAACAUUUUUCAACUUGCUUUGUUAUGUUCCCAUAUUUAUCUUGGGGAAAGCCUUUUGCCUUAUUCAUUUUGGCGUUGUUUUAUUUUUGUAUAAAAAUGCAAAUAUGUUUUUGAUAUGAAUGUGUAAAAAAAAAAAAAAAUAAAGAAUAUUGACAAAAGUUAAACAAAUCAGGAUUUAUGUUACACGGAGAGAUAUAAGGCUUUCCAAAGUUUCUACUAGAAUACUUAUUUCGUAACCUUAGGAAAUACACAAUAACUGUCACUGUUGACACCUCACAUUAGUGGACAGUGGCCAAACACAUUCACUACAUACUGCACACUCAAGACAUUACAGUUUAUACCGCAGACCGCUAACUAGCCCACUAACUGAUCUUUUAUUCACAAACUGGUCUUUGGAACAAUCACCUGAUGUGAUUUGAAAGAUCUGAUGUGAUUGGUCAAUAGACCAUUUGGUGGGGGAAACGAAAAGAGACACCUACUGUGUCCAGAAGCAUUACCACUGGUUGAAUGUGACUAUACACACACAGUAUACUAAUUACCUGAUUAACAGAAAUAUACUUAUUACCUGUUUACCGAAAGUAUACUAAUUACCUGUUUACCAGAAAUAUACUAAUUACCUG